AUGCAACAUCAUGUAGACACCACUGGAACACAACAACAGCUACACAACCCCACGACCUCCGCCACUUUGCAGCCGCAAUACCUCGUUGUCGGAGCUACCCUUCAUGGCAACGCAAAGACAACCGGUGCUGCCAUCCACGAUAGCAUCGCCACUCACGACUACCUCAAUGCCAUAUGGGGCCAUGCCCCAAUCUUAGAGCAAGUCCAUCCAUUCCCUCAUUUGCCAUCACACUUGACGUAUGCACCCGUGGGCUUGCCAGCCGAGCACGAGCUAUACCAUGAGCUGACUAUCGCUUUGAGCCAAACCCUGGCAGAAGUCUUCACGAUGGCAGAGUGCUACGCACUCUGGGAUGACAACCAUAUCACCAUGAAGAAAGUAAGCAAGCAAGCCGAAUAA